AUGAUCAGGUUGGAUAGUUUUUCCUCGGAUGUCGGCCAGGAAUUGGAAGGCCGAAUUGAUGGAGGCCCUCGAGCCUUCUUGGGGUAAGUUAAGUUUUCGGGCCAUCCAUUUGUCUAGAUUGUAAGUGUGACUGCCUUUCAAGGCAGCGAUUGGUCGAAGUGGAGCAUUGGGCUUGUGGAUUUUAGGUAAACCAUAAAAUCGGGCCAGUUCCGUGUCCGUUGGUUUCAUCUGUCGCCAUUCGUCUAGCGAUAUCGCACUGUUGCGUCUGAGUCGGUUCAAUAGUCCGGUUAGUUGAACGAUCAUCGUUUUGGCUCGCGACGAAGGCGUGGAUUUGUAGGACUGUUGAUCGUCAAGGAGGGCUUGUGUCUUUCCGUCGUAAUCGACUCGUUUUAUCACGACAGUUGCUCUUCCCUUGUCGACUGACAGCACCAUUGUAUCCUUGUCCACUUUUAAUUCCUCCAUUGUUUCUAUGUCUGCGGGCUACAUAUUAUUGAUGGGCCUGUUCGUCAGUAGUAGGGAGAUGACUUUCUGGCGCCUAGUGUGUUUAACAUCGUCGGUUGCGUUGGUUCUUACUAGCAUGGCUUCAAGUGCGACUACAAAUUCGUCUGGCUUAGCAUCCACCGUAUUAAAGUUGGCUUUAUGACUCAGCACUCUCAGUUUUGAACUUCCUCUCAGAGAUUCGUUAAGAUAAAUGGAAGUUGUCGCAAAUGCAAUGGGUGCAGGGGUAGGAAAACUGAAAAAUAAAUCUGUGCCGUUUGGCCGAGUUUCCUCUUCCCUCUCUCAUGUGUCAGUGGUCCGUCCAAGCUAAACCGACUGCGAAUGAGACCGGACGUAUUGAUUGAUGGCACGAGGCGUCUGAUGUGAGCUACACAGACAUCCGCAGGUACAAUGCAUCGCUCAUUACUAUUUUUGGCAAACUUCAUCGCGUAAGUGUAGAUGAUGUUUUGUGAUUGUUUUCGCGUAUGCGCAUAUAACUGAGUAACCCAACGGGAUUUGUGAAUGUGCUUACCUCUAAGGUUGGCCCGACUAGUUCUGGUCGGGUCUCACGACAGGGAUUCCUCUGCCGUCCUGCGACGAAAUCGCGUGUGUACAUCCGUCCAGACUAGUAGUACUUUUGUUCUUUGGCAGGCGGCGAUCUCUGCAUUAGGUUAGUCGGGGUGGGUGUGGAGUAGGCAGUCUCUUGUGGACCACACAGCAACUAGGUUAGUAGAAUGGAGAAGUGUCCAUAUACCCCAAAGGCGCAGUUGCUUUACCGUGUGCCUCAUCCAAAGUACUCCGUGUCUGGGCAACGGACAUCGCGCAACUAGGUAUGCUGUUGCAUUCUUUUUCAUUCUUUUUCAUUGUCUGACUUACUUAUUGCGGUGGUAGCAGGGAAGACUUAAGGCUGUCUGGUGUCCUAAUGGCGUCUUCGCUGCAGUGACUGCGGAGUUGUCAGUCCCGGGAGAGCCGAAAACAGAACGAGCGGCUGUAAUUGAGGCAGAUGGAAGAUACUGUGUUGUCGUGUGCUUGGAUGGCCAUGUUUUCAGCCUUCACUUCUCGGGAUGCUUGGUUCGGUUGGAUUGGAGGAUGGUUGCUCUAGUUUUUGCGAAAGUUUAUCAUGCCUGCUAAUCCUGCGCUAGUGUUCUGGACGCCUGAUUGAUUUUAAGUUUUUUGAGUGUGGUCUUCAAGGUUUCUUUGCAUCGUCACACUUUUCCUCGUGGUCCGUGGGAUAAUGCUUUUUAGUUGAUAAUGCUUCAAAGUGGUUCAUACUACUCACUAAUUGACGCCAAUCGGGGUCUGACAACCACUUCCUGUGUUCCAGAUCGAGGUCAGUGUAUUCGGAGGCGAAAACAUCCUGCAUUCGGUGCACGUCGGCUUUGGUUCUAGUGUUCAACGUAUUGUCAUCGACAAAAGUGCGUUCGGGUGUUGGAGGCUCCUAUACUGACCUGCAUCUUACGAAGUUUUAAUAAUUUCUUUUCGCCUAAGAUUAGCGUGCACUGAUGUGUCCUUAUUGCAGUAUGGAAGUAGGCAUUUCCGUUUUAUCUUGUAGCUGAAAGCCGAUCAGCCCGCACAGGCAACCGAAUGACGACUAGCAAUCAGGGAUUAGGAAGUUUUACCGAUAAAUACUUGGCCACUGGAAUUGCCAUUACUGAACUAAUUGACCCGACUACAAUGCUACAGUUGCCAGUUGCUCUAUGAUUAACUGGCUGGGAUUCAAAUAUCGGACGUAUGACAUGGAGUUGGGACUGUUAAAGUCACAGAAGCCAGGAAACGGCUACGUCGUUGGCCUUAUCUUUGUCGGCACAACUUUUCGACUUUUCAGGAGAAAUGGUGGCGAGCGAACGUUGCUUUCGAUAACUUCUCGUCAGGCCAAUACAGUUAUAUGGGAGGGGGUACAGUGAAUGAUUGCUGGCUCCUCGUCCUUUCUGCAGCUAGUGCCGGUACCUGGUCAAUUCCAGGUAGGUGUCCGUCAGCAUUGUUGAAAGCGGGUUUGGAAAAGGUUGGGGCUAGCACGCAACCAGCUUGUCACUUGAUGGCUUUGGGGUAGGCCAUUCCCUUGACGCGUGGUCGUCAUUUCUUGCCCAUUCUCGCGAACCAUGCCGGACAUUGAAAUUGCAUUAUUUUCCCUACUGCGUCUCCGUGUAUAGUGCUGAAGCCCCUUUUGAGACCGAUAGUGGUUCGGAGGCUGGUUGUACUUUCCCGUCAUUGUUUCCGCCACUGCCGCACCACAAAGAUCAUGGUGGUGGUUCUUUGGUUCCUUGGGAGUUCGCAUUGCCUCUGGAAAAAGUCGCUGUUCAGGGUGAGUAUCGAGGAGAAUGUGGACGUCACUUUUGCCAGCGCUACCGUUGGGAGGAGAGGAUGCCUCGUUUUUAUACUCUUAGUCCGUCUUCUUAUACAUGGAUGGUCGUUAGCGUAUAGUCACCUUGGAGAAUUUGUUAGGAUCAUGCCAGGAGCCUGGAUUCUAGUGACAGUAUCGUUCCUGCUUUGUUCGGUAGGUAAGAUUAGAAAGUCCGUCUCCUCAGGCUGUCAUCAGCAGUUGGAGGCAUUUUUCCUUUCCAAAUAUGCAGUUUGGGAAUGCAGUUGAUGGAUUGAGUGACUGAUGAGGAGAAAGCUUCAAUACAGCCAACGCUCUAGUCACCUAGGUCACUAAGUCUUACCAAGAGCCGGGAGUUUAAUCACAGUUGGGUCAAGUUCUCCGUCUAACCUACUGCAGCGUAUAGAACCCACCAAAUCUGAGCGUUGGCUGUCAUGGGUUCAAAUCCUACCAAGGUCUCCGAGUUUUCCACAGUUGGGUCAAAAAGGAAAAUCGGAGUGAUAUUACCGAUAAAGGGAAACUGGAAUGUCCAUUUUCGACUUAUUAGGCGUCGUCAGUCAUUCAUUCCCGAUCCCGAGGCGUGGAACACCUGGGGCUCGACCCCGCGAACCGUUGGUCCAAUGCCUCUAACCACUGAGCCACGGGCUCGUUCUCCUGUCGGUUAUGAUCGGGAACGUACAAUGGUUUAGGGUGGUGCUCACCGAUUGUUUUUACGGAACUCGUUCGUUCCGUUUUGCCUUAGGACUCUCUCUCUCUAGUGCAACCAGCAACCGCCCAGUGGCGCGUAAUACAGACAGGAGAGCAUUACCGACAAAGACAAGGGAGACUGAAAUGGCCACCUCUGGCUUACUAGCCGUCAUCAGACAUUGUCUCCCGAAUCGAUGCUGCCCGCUGGGUUUUUUCAAGCCUUCGGAAAUGCCUGUGGAACCGACGUGACCUCUCCAUCGCCACUAAGAUUCGCGUGUACCGUGCAUCUGUUCGGUCUGUCCUUCUCUACGGUUGUGAAUGCUGGGCUUUGCGCGUGGCGGAUGAGCGAAAACUGGAGGUAUUUGACUACCACUGCUUGAGGAUCAUCCUUCGAGUGAAGUUUACCGACUUCGUCUCAAAUGAUAUAGUCCGCGCUCGCUGCAACAACAUCGCGAGGAUAACUCAGGCCAUCCAAGAAAGACGACUGAGGUGGUUCGUCCAACUCAGGAACUCAGUGUUACUGCCCUCGAUCCGGCACCGUUGCCCCAUUGGAAGCGUCGAAGAGGGGGUCAGUUCAAAACCUGGCUCGACACUGUCCGUCAAGACAUGGAGGUGGUUCUUGGACCUUCGGUAUUCGGUCUCCGUCGUUGGCGAAGGGAAUGGGUUGAUCUGUCUAGAUCUGCUGCCGCGGAUCGUCACGCGUGGAGAGGUACAAUUCGGGACAUCAUCGAGGCCGGCUAGAUCAGGCAUGAUCGCAGCCGUAUCAAGUAAGUACAAGUCAGUCAGCCAUACCCAGCCUCGAGGGUAAUGCGAUAGCCGCGGGCGCUUGACAAAAUCACCUUGGGGGCCUGACAACGGCGCUUAAGGACUCAACAUGUAAACGUAUGCACUCCUUUGUCGUUGCUAACACGACAGCAUUUAGCAUUGCUAUUGGACGUUUGGCUCCUUAUCACAACAUUUGGCCCUACGUUAGUCUGAACGCCUUACCAUCCUUACGUUCUCUCACUUUUUAGGCCAGACCUCGUGAAUUUGCCACUCCGGCCUCUCGGUCGGUGAGAAAGUGCACGAUCAAUCUAAACGACAGCGUCCAGAUAAGAUCGGCCCGAAAUGUGCUUAAUGCUUCGCGUCGAGUUUUGCAGCGUUCAGGUAGGCAAUGCCUUUUUUUUACUCCUACCCGCUUUCACAGUCCUGGCAAACAAACGCGUGGACAUGCUUCAGUCUAAUAAUGCAGAACUUGCGAGACGUGUUUCAAGCCUUCAGUCGGAACUCUGUACUCGGACGCUCGAGUUACAAGCCUGUAAAGCCGAGUGCUUUCGUCUACGGCUCCAAUUGAACAGAUUUCAGUCUGUUCAGCCCGUGAGUUCAUUCUCACAUUUUUUUUACUUGACGCAUCUUUUUGGCACUGCCUAAAUCGUGGCCUCCGAGUCAACCAACUGUCACCCAAAACGUCCUAACCCCAUGCCUGACUCUAAGCUGACGGAUUUUAUGCCUCCUGCUGGGCACUGGUAGUAAGCUCAAGUUUCUGAGAAGUUUAAAAACCGCUGAAAUUAGUCAGACUGUGAGCUAGACAAAUGUCGCACAGCCAUGGUGAAAAUCGGGGACUGCAUGACAAUAGGAAUUCUGUAGUCGGAGGGCACGUUCGUUGUACUCUCUUGAGGUUACACUAAUCACUGCAUUAUGUACACGGCUGACGCACUCUGGUCAGCCACAGUUUUAGACAGCAUCAAGAAAAAACUGCACGAUUAGGUGUGCUUUGCAGUUUACGAAGUUGACCGUUGAUCCCACAGUUUAGGACGUUAGGCAGUCAACAGAUUCCUUCGGUAACUCAUCAGCGCAUACUUUCGCUUGCUUAGGGCAGAAGCCGGUUGCUCUUGUGGUAGUAUUGACGAACAAUGCUACCGAACUGGCUACCCGCUCUUCGGCGUCCUCACGACUGGUCCUUAGUGUCAUUGGAGGUCGCGGUUGCUUAACCGACCUCCCAACUUGGCCGACAAACCGCGCUUCUUAGACACCAUCCCUUAACGAGCAGUUUGCUGCCAGAAAUGCGCUCACUCACGUUGGCCUAACACCGUUGCGUGCGUUUGUCUUUCAGCUCGACUCGUUGACCAGCUUGAAGGAGACGCUGGACAGUCUGAUUGAUCGAGCCUGUGAGGCCCGACAGACAGUUGCCAGAAUGCAUGAUGGCUUCCUCGUCGCAGGCAACGACCAGAUCUCGGCUGAAAUCACUAUGGACAUGUCCGUCGAGGGCGCACCGGAGUAUGUUCACCCUGCUUUUACGGGCUCCUCAUCUUGAAAUUUCGUUAAUUUUUUGAAACUGUCACUCUCUCCCCCUCUCGCUGCUGCCUACGUAAAUGCCGCUUGAGCAUUUAUUUUAGAGAACGUUUCAUCCAAAAAGGAGGCUUACGAGGGCUACAAUGUUUGAUUUCUAAAGUCAAAUUCAUUGUAUCGAAUGUCUGCAAAAGCAUAACACAAAAUCAGUCAGGCAAGCUGCGCAUCUUCCUAGCUUGCUCCUCGGGUCUCGGCGGAACACUGGAAUGCGGCUUACCUUCCCACGCCUGUGUAAAUUUUCGCAUCACGCAUUCAGGAGUGAUCAUUCACUAAAAGUAAAGUCGUUAGUCCGUCAUUAACUAGUGAAGACUAAUCGCAUCCAGAAAUUUGAAGCUCACGAAACACACACUAGGCGGUUUGGUGUCGGUUACAUGCAAGUUUUGACGAAAAGGGAUAGCAGAUCAAAUUGCACUCCCUAGGAUGGGCUGGGCUGACUCGAAGUCCUACUGUGUCUUCAAUAAGGACUACCGGUAGGGUAGGGGGACAAGUGGCCCUCGUAUAACAGGUGAUCCUGCGCUAAAUUCCAGUAGCCUUAAAGUUUGGGCUAAGGUUAGGACAUGAGGAUAUGGAAUUUCUCGCAAGGCCACAUACAUAAUUUAGAUGUGGGGGAGGGGGGUUAUUUUUAUUCCCUUGUCGGACUGAACCAUCCGUCCGAAAAAAGAAUGCUCAUUUUUGGUCGGCAGAAAAUCAAUACAUUCGCACCAAGGACCAUGGACGACGAUCCGAGACCUUUCAGAAGGAUGUGUGACACAGUUAUAGGCCCUCAGGGUGUUUGUGAUCCACCGAACCGGAAUAUGAGGUCCAUCAAAACUUUUGAGCAAAAAUUGAGAAACUCGGCUGCAAACUGUAGAGGCGUCUAAAGCACAUUUGUUCCAUUACUUGUCCGAUUUGGUUUUUAUUCCAUGCGUAUGGAGGGAGCGCCUUUCGUAUAGGCGGGUUUUUGCUUAACCGGAGUGGUUGGAGCCUGUUCACUUGCCGGACAGGCAGGGUUCAUAUCGUCGAGUGUUCGCUUUCCUCCCCUGUCGGCAUAGCAUCAUAGUGGCGGUGAAUUCGAAAUACCUAUCUUGCAUUUUAUUUCCUCUCCUACUAGGAAGAGAACAACCCUCUGCCAAGUAAACUUGAGUACGGAGGUCGCAGACCUGCAUUCAUUGGUCCCUUCCCCCCAGACCGACCAACUUGAAGUCGCCGUGCCUCGCCCUAGCGCUCAGUCUGUGGAGAUGGAAUGGUCCUCCUCUUCCACCUUAGUGGAAAGUGUAAGUAUGCACCCUUUAUUUUUCGUGACAACUCGAGAAGCUGUCUUCCAGUAUUUCGUAUUCAGUUGAGUUCAGUUUUAUUGAGGGAGAUGUAGGUCUUCACCUUUGAACUCCCUAUUUGUUUACAAGCAACUGCAAAAUCUCAAAAACUGAAAAAGGUAUUAUAAAGGUUGCGAAAAUUCCCAUAGCAUUAACCAGAAGACGAGGUGGCGAGCAUACGUAGCUUUCAAUAAAUUCUCGUCGGGCCAGUACAGUUAUAUGAGAACGGGGUAGAAGAAAAACACGUCAGCGAUAAGAGAAGUCGAUAAAAGUUCUCCUUAAAACAAAGGCGGGGUGUGGGACUGUGGGGGAGGGGGUGGGGAUGGGGGUAAUAGUAGUCAUUGUCAGGGGCGGGAUGAGAGCGCAAGUGCGCGGGGGGAGUUGCACCGUUACUCAGCCUUCGACCACUGUAGGCGCGGAGCCUGAACGUGGUUCUUCUGCGCGCAUAAGGUUGGCUUUCGUAACCUAAUGGCGGCCGCUUCCGCUGUCGCUAACAGGCGCUGGCCUAGUAGCUUAGGGUAGCUCGAUGGGACCUUAUAAAUUACACGAAAAGCUUCUCUACUAACCCUAUUUUACGCGGAGAAGGUAAGGAUAAGUUGCCACCGCAGACCACCUCAAUGUGCAUAUAUUCCUUCACUUGCUCCUGUGGAGCAGGUUAUAUUGGUCGCACGAGUCGGCGCUUAUCCAAAAGAAUACGCGAACACCUCCCGGCUUGGCUAGGAAAAGGCGAAACGAGGAGUAUAAGCAGCGCCAUUCUCGCGCAUGUUGUCGAUUCCGGACAUCGUGUGGACCCCAACGAGGCUUUUCGUGUGCUUUAUAAGGUCCCAUCGAGCUACCCUAAGCUACUAGGCCAGCACCUGUUAGCGACAGCGAAAGCGGCCGCCAUUAGGUUACGAAAGCCAACCUUAUGCGCGCAGAAGAACCACGUUCAGGCUCCGCGCCUACAGUGGUCGAAGGCUGAGUAACGGUGCAACUCCCCCGGCGCACUUCCGCUCUCACCCCGCCCCUGACAAUGACUAAUAUUACCCCCACCCCCACCCCCUCCCCCACAGUCCCACACCCCGCCUUUGUUUUAAGGAGUACUUUUAUCGACUUCUCUUAUCGCUUGCAUGUUUUACUUCCACCCCGUUCUCAUAUAACUGUACUGGCCCGACGAGAAUUUAUCGAAAGCUAUUAUAAAGGUAACAAGUGAUAGGGAAAGCGUCAACUAUGUACAGAUAAACAAACUGUCUCGAAUGUUAGUGGUGCUAGCAGAAGUACAGCGAUCGUUUCGAGUGCAGGGAAAUAAAUAAUAUACCCGGGGACACAAGUUGCAUAGGUGCAUGUCAGUAAGCGUAGGCGAUGGGUUGGGGACAAUAAGAAAUCCGAUUUAAAAUGUUACUGAAAUAUAGCAAGUAGUAUUAUGACAACGGUAUUUGUCAAGGUUACAGAGGUUGGGUGGUAAUUUAGUGGACACUGCUAUUCAAAUUCCAUGGUUAAGUCCCAGUUCUGUCCAGGUACCUAUAUAUUUCCCUAGGACGAUCACUUAGUUGGCACUAUAGUGCCUCCAUUUGGUCUUCGUCGUAUUUUCCGUCUAUAUCGUGCACUCUCCGCGAAAAAAAAAAACAGUUUCUUACACUGAAUGACGCUGUUCACGACCUUGUCUGAACCAAGAUUGAACGGGCGCGUAAACACAUAGAGCACCUUCUCAAUGUUAACGACCUACCAACCACCAGUCUACUUCAAGUGAAAUCUUCUUUCAUAGUCUGGUGUUUAAUAUGUCCUCUUUAGGGGAAUCGUCGAUGUAAUACAACAGCAAAGCACUUGGGGAGGAUAACACCUCAUUUCCGUAACAGGCAUGGACAGACUGAGACUAGAUUCUCCUUUGUUAAUACUUAGUGGAGAUGACAGUUCGACCGCCGUUGCCGACGAUGUCCGUCGCGUGCUCCACAGCUAGGUGAGAGCAGUCACGGUGAAUUGUGCGCGAUUUGGUUUAUAGUGGUAGUAGACUUGCACGGCAUCUUUCCUUCUCCCCCCGCUUGAAUCCGGUGUCAAGGCAUAGUCAAGAAGGCCGAAGGCGGAAGAGGACGCAGGUUGAUACAGGCUGAGACACAUGAACUGCCGCAGCGUAAGUUUCGUUUAGAUCGUCCUGCCGGUCUUUGCUAAUAGUCUGAAUAGGUUCCAGAUUUUUCGUGGGCGUAUUUUAGCCGUUGCUGCAUGAGGGUCUGGUUAAGGGCGUGGAUGACCUGCACUCGAUCGGCGCCACUGCGAGAAACAACACUGACUAGCUCAAGACAAAGGGGUCUCUUCACCACUAAUUUUGCAGACUUUGUUCUCCCACUUUUUAUGUGUGAAGUUGUUUAAUUUGCUGUUCAGCCUAAACUCCCCGCAGCACCGCGGUUAACCUGCGCGGUUUACGCACCAAGUCUUGUACAUCGUCUUAGCAUUUCGUUCGAAAAGUUUAUUAAUUGCUGAUACAAGGGAAAAUGCGAGUUCCAGGAAUUAGUUGAUCAGAAGAAGAAGCGAUCGCUGGAACCAUGCCAUGGAUCCAGCGAUCGCUUCGUCUCCUGAUCAGUUUAUUAAUUAUAUCAUACUACUGCCUGUAUUUCAGUAACGUUUGUUUUGUAUUAUCGUCCCAGUUCCGUUGAAUGUGAGCGUUGGCACUCCGAUUCGCCUCCCUCAGAAACUGAGAUAGCACCAAUUAUCCAUAGACAGACUGCUGUACAGCACAUUUAUUAACGUUAAUGUUUUUAACACUUGUAACAAUUCGUUUAUCUGUCUGGUUUUGCCAAUUUGAAAAAAACCUCUGUAGCUGUUGAUAUAAUUCGCUUCCCUGUAACAAGUAGGGUGUUCAAAAGUUCAACACGUAUGUUUCCCUCAAAUAAAGUGAAACUGAAAUUUCUUGCUCCAGCCCGAUAAAUCGGCGACCGAAGAGGCCACUGCAACCACGCCAAGAGCUCCACCUCCACCAGCCUCGGUCUAUUCACUGGACACUUCUGCCGACCAUAUGUAUGAGGCUCCAUCUGUGGACGCACCGCCUUCCAAGAAUCCGUCAUCCCUGUCUUCCUCAAACGCCGCCAAUACGCUCCCAACUCGGAAAGAUCGUCCCGAUCUUUCUGUCAGAUUCGACUUAGAGGCGAAAAACAGUCCGAAAGAGGACCGUGAUAGCGAGGAUUCGGACGAGGAGUACAAUCCACGAAGGCGCGUCUUCACAAAGAAGAACGCCGUCAAGUGGCGUCAAGGACGAAAAGGCAAGACGCAGGCUAGGUCCCACAAGGGGACCGCUGGUAAGACCAACAACACUACAUCGUCUGCUCUCUCGAACGCGCCUGCUUCUGCUCAGAGUCGGCUUUCGGGGAAGACAACAGGGAAGGAGGUGGAUACUAAAUCUGCAGUCGCUGAAGUAAAACCCGCGGUGAACGAUGAGAACAAGCCUCCCAUCCCCAGUGAUCCGCCUGUCGCAACAGUGUAGGUUCUGCGCACCUAGUUCAUGCUCGCAUUUCACGGUCGCAUUUUGAUUUUUUUUAUCAACGCCCGAUUUGUUUUCAAUCAGCCAACACUCCAGCAUACCGGUACCGCCGGGCAAGAAGCGCAAACAGCCCCUGUUGAUCGCUGAAGACUCGGUGUUUUUGCCGGUGCCGGAUGCAAAGACGGAGUCUGCGGGAGGAGAUGCAGUGGAACAACAGCGACCUGUGGUUUUGUUGGAGAGGCAAUCCAUUCCCGAUCUGAUGGUAAGUUGCCAGUGAGUGGCCCAGGAGUUUCAGCGUUACGUGCUGGUAGUUUGUUAUCCAGAAUGAUUUACCUGACAAAGACAAGGAAGACUGGAAUGGCCAUUUCUGGCUUAUUAGCCGUCGUCAGCCAGUCAUACUGUUAUGACCCGCCUGGUACGUGAAAUCCUGUGGAGCGUAUGCGCACUCGACCCUUGUCCCCAAUACCAACGCGGCCGAGAAGGAGAACGCGACCAGCCACGAAACUGUGUAUUAGGGAAUUGCAAGUCAAAAUUAACUGGAAGUAACGCGUAUUUAUGACGCCCUACGGUGCUUCGUCGGCGUUCGGCUCCAUGCCCUUCGGGAAGAACAUUCGAGACGAGCCGGUCGAUAAUUCGAAUAUGCUGAUCGAUCAGGCCCGAGAAGAAAAGCCAAUGGAGAGGCGCCACGAGUAAGAUGACAGCGCAGUAGAGAAAAUGCACGUGGCCUCCCGUGAUUGGCUGGCUCUUGUUUUUGGGAGUGUAGGCGCACCCAACACAUACCCAACUCCGAAUUGUGGAACACUCGAGGCUCGAACUGGCGACCUGUUAGUUAGAAGUUCACGCCACUAACCACCGGGCCACUAGCCCGUUGUCCUGUCGGUUUUUGAUCGGUAAUAAACAUUGGUAGGGGGCGUUCACCGAUCGUUCUUACGGAACUCACUCGUUCCGUCGUGCCUUACGGGCUCUCUCGAUCCCACCCAGCGGCCACACAGCGGCGCAUGAUAUAGGCGGAAUAAUCUUACCGACAAAGACCGAUCUAAAACCGACAGGACAACGGGCUCGUGGCCCAGUGGUUAGAGGCGUGGACUUCUAAAAAGCAGGUCGCAAGUUUGAGCCUCGGGUGUUCCACACUUCGGGGUUGGGUAUGACUGGCUGACGACGGCUAAUGAGCCAGAAAUGGCCAUUACAGUCUCCCUUGUCUUUGUCGGUUAUAUCAUUCUGCCUAUAUCAUGCGCUUCUGUGCGGCUGCUGGUUGGGCUCAAGAGAGAGAGAGUCCAUAAGGCACAACGGAACGAGUGAGUUUUUUUACCCAUUCGCCACUUAUCUACGUAUCCAACUUUUUUCUAUCCCGCAGGCUAAUGACGUGAGUUCAUCAGUUUCCAAGGUCCAGGAAACACGGCCGUCCGGAUACGCUUCGCAGAGCGACGUAAGCAUUACCUUGCACUGUUGUUUUCAAACACCGUGCCAGCUAGGUGUCUUUAUUUUACGACCCCGUCUGCUUUUGUUUCUAUUUAGAAGGAGAAACGAAGUCUUACUUGGUGUGCAGUGCAUGCCUUUACGUUGUUUAAGUCGGUGGUCAUUGGGCCGCAGGCAUUGUUGUGUCUUCCCCUAAUCGUGAAUAUGGCCUGCUUCGGAGGCUACAUUCCAAAAGGCUAGACCAAGUUGCUUUUAAGACGUAAACACUGAAUUGCCUGCGGAUGAGUUGCAUUUUAAAGACCCUGCAAAAUUCUUGGCAUGUCACGAAUAAACCAUCUUCUACGCGACAGCAUCGCACAACAGUCUUCAGCCGGGGCGUAAACCUAUGCUACGCUAACGUUAAGCCGAAGUUUCUGUAUAAUAUUGUAAAUUUGAAGAUUGAAUAAGAAGAAGGCAUACCAGUUUGGUGCCUUCUUCACGUACCAUAUUGGUACUCAUCACGCCCUAAGUCAUCAGAAUUCAGUAAACCUCAGCCCAACAGAUCACUGCCCUCAGUUGUUAAGCUCGCUAUGUGUAUUGCCUCACGUUUAUUCCCUCCUUUUUCUCCUACAGGAAGGGGACCGUUCGUCCAUGGCGUCAAAGUAAGUGCAAUCGGCUUGUUCUUAUUAGUUGUCAGCCUCUUCAGUUUAGUUCAGUUUAUUUGAGGGAAAUCUAGGUGUUGAAUCUUUGAACUCCCUAUUUGUUACAAGGAUGGGCAGUAUCAGAAAAUGAAGAUGCGAUCACUGGAACAAGAAAUUUAUUUGCGUGACGUUUCGGAUCCUCACUCGAAUCCAUCAUCAGAGGCAUUCGCAGAUAAAUGUCUCUGAUGAUGGAUUCGAGUGAGGAUCCGAAACGUCAGGCAAAUAAAUUUCUUGUUCCAGUGAUCGCAUCUUCAUCUUCUGAACUGCUACCUGGAACUCGCCUGUUCGCUUCUAUCAGAAGGGCAGCAUAUCAAAAAGUUGGAAACGGAAACAUCAAACACCUACCGAAGAAUACUUGGAACUGUGCAAACAAACGAAGUAUCCCAAGUGUUGGAAACACUAGCACUACUUAGUACGUUGUACAGUAGUCAGUCUGUGGAUGAUUGUGCUAUAGAGAAGGUAGUACGAUUUCACUUAUCUGCAGGCGCCUGCGUGAAUGUCAGCGCCCGCGUGCAACGUGUUUGGACCACUAAUCUUUUCUUAAAAACAAACGUUACUUGAAUAUUGUUAGUAGUAUUAUAAGAGGAUAACAAACACCUUUAUCUCGUCUGAUAUUUCCCCUGCAAGUGGUUCCUACAGCGACCGUCCCCACCGACGCACCGUGAACCGCAUCAGUUAUGCCAUGCCUAGCCUCGGAAAGUAAGUCACUUAAGUUAUCCACCCAUUUGUUCCCUUGCUUCAGUAUGUUCCUGAGCUCGGCUGAUGGCCACUGUGUCUUUGUCAAUUUUAGGAAAAUCCGCCAAGGUGAUUCAGAUUGGUGCAAGGAUAAGCUCUGA